UGCUUGGUGACAAGUACAUUAUAUACUAAUGUCUUGUCCCCCUUUUUCUUCAUUUACUGUUUGAUUGUUGCGAAGAAUUGAUCAGUUCCUGAAGACCAUCGUCCAGUUAUGGGUUUUUUUAAAGCUUUCCGUCACCAACAUGAAGCUACAAGAUAUGAAAACGUCUACACAAAUGACAAUUUUGACAUGGUCAACGCUGCUCUCAUCUAUGUUUUCUCUGCUUUGGCGUUAUCGUUUAUCAUUUUGCUGCCAGGUUUUAUGAAGAAGGAGCGUGUAUCAGUUGCCAUACGAAUGUUUUCAAGUUUAUUCAUUGGAGCGACAAUUUUGUUUUCGAAUUAUGGAAUGCAUUGGAAUACAGCUUCAGUUAAAACAACUGCACAGUACAAAGCGUUUAUGAAUAAAGAUCUCACAGCAAAAGUGGUGGUGAAUAUCGGAUUAAGGGGCUUUGAUGUAUCUUUGAAAGGAAUGACUUCUGGCGUUGGCGAUAAUAAUAAGAUUGACGACAUUGAUUACGUGGAGAAAUUUCGUUGGCACAAGCCCUGGUCUCAAGGCAGAAUAGCAAGCCAAAUGAGCAAGAAUUAUUACUCAGCUCGUAUGCAAGGAGUUCCUUUUCCAAUAUUGAACGUUGCCGAGUAUUUCUCAAUAGAUGGCGAGUGUUAUCGUUGGGGACGAACAUAUCAACUGGCUGGAUUUUACACUCACGCCCUGCUAUGGUUGAGUUUCAUACUAUGGGUAAUCACAAAUAUAUUGUUUGUGAAUGUCGUACGAUAUGGUGCUUAUUUUCUUUCAUUAACUGGUAUAAACCUACUUUUGGUAAAUCUUCUUUAUUUCUUGCUUCACAUGGGUCCAGAGCUUCGAAUACCCUUUCCUGAUGAUGUAUUAACGUUCAAUUAUGGCUGGUGUUUCUGGUUGUGCUUUGUAACUGGAAUUUUAUGUCUCGUUCUUGCUUUGAUAAUCUUUGCAUUGGAUUAUUAUAAGCCUGGAGUGGUUAUUUCAUUUUUCAAUAUCGAAAAACACAUAUCAAUUUUCGAAGACAAUCAUUCUCAUGUGUCUACGAAUGGCAAACGAAAUGAUACGUCGUCUUUUAUCGAGAUAGUAAUACCUAAGGACUUGUUGGAAACUAACCAUGAAGAGGAGCCUGAUGGCUGCUUACAGAGUGGAUCUGAUCGCGGUAGUUGCUCUUCCACCUCGAAAUGUGCAAAUAUAAACUCGAAUAAGUCAAUUGCUGACUUUCACAAAUCGUCUUCUGAAAUGGUCACUUUGAAAGAAUAUCGAAACUGGCGAUCUAAAGACAAUUAUUCUUUUCAACCUGAUAUGUAAGAUUAAACAAAAAUGGCCAUAAUCUUUAACGUUGAAGGGGAACUCUUUAAUAGUUCAGUAUAGGAUGAUUAUGAGAACCAAUUACACUGCGUCUUAGUCGUUGUGUUUUGUACAUUACCUAGAACAAUAUAUAAUUUUGUCUUUGAUAUGUGUAUUAAUAUUUAUAUGAAAUAUUUAUAAUAAAUAAUAAAUGAAUAAAAUUAGCAGAACUUUUAUUUAAAAGUUGUGACAGCAAUGUUUGAUGUUGUA